AGGGCAUGUCAUGCGUUUGUGGGAGGCUGUAGCGGGGUUUGAUCGGCAGCGGGCGCUGUUGAACUACAGUGGAACUGUAUGCACAGAUGAUUGUUGUCCCAAUCGGGGACAUAACUGCAUGCAUGAAGGCGAGAUUAUAAUAGUUUAGAACAUCCUGGAUUAUAAACAACACAACCAGAGCAACGUUAGUACAGGCAGUCAUAUUUUAUUAAGUUGCAGAGUCACAAGUGAAAUCAAAUGUGUCAUUACUUGCAACCUUAAAGCUUUCGAUUCUAUUUGGGAAUCUUUCAUCCACUUCAUGGAAGAUGAAGAUAUGGCUCUAGUACUAUUAUAUGUCUGCUUAUAUAUUUCCGAUUUUGUUUCUUAAUGUUGAAAACCAAUAAACAAAUUGCAAAAAAAAAGAUUAAAGCAUUAAAGCCUUUGGAUUCAACAUAACUGCUCCCUUCUGCAAUUUCCACUGCUUUCGUUGAAUAACAUGUAACAUGUCCGUCAUCCAGGGAGUGAUCACAAAUGAGGAAAUGAAAGAAGCUUUUUAAUUCGUGUAGAUAUUUAAACUUGAGUUAGUUUGAUAGGAUGUUAAUUCAGAAUAUUGGUCAAUUAUGAUGGUUAAAAAGAUCUAGAGGCACAUUUGAACCUGCAGGUGAUCAAACCAGUCAAGGGGACCAACUGGGCACCACACUGUUCCGAGACAAAGCUAAUGACGUUGAAUUAAAAAUCGGUUUAAUUUAUAAUUGCACUGGUGUUCAGGAUCAUCCAACUGAAAUGAGAACCUUAAGCUGCAAUGUCUUCAUGGGAUCCUGUGUCAAAAUGCAGUCUGUCAUUUUAUUUUAUAUCGUUCGAUACUGUGUUUAAAAUGUCCUUUCUUAUAUAAUUGACACAGCCCUUAUAAUGUGCAGUGUCAGUGGCCAAUUCAGCCCUGGAUGUGCUUCUAAUAUAUGUUUCAAAAAUGGUCUUGAAUGAGUCAAUUACAGUGGAGACAGUGACUUUAUGUGAUAAGUGAGAAAACGUGGACACAGCUUGUGCAGAGAUGCAUGGCCACACCGACAUUGUAGAACCAGAUAAGUCAAUGAUCCAGCCAAUGGUUUCGCUGUGAGCUGCUGCUGCUGCUUUGCAUCCUCAGUCUCUGUCCAACAGCCCUUACACCGAAUAUGAAGGCAUCACCAAUACAAGACUACACCUGAAACGGAAAAUGCAGAAUUGUCAAACCCAGACAUGCAGGUGGAAAUAACUUGUUUUUCCAUCAACUCCCAUUGAGUGAGGAUGCGUCUGUUCCCCACCUGGGCCCUGUCCUUCUCCCUGCUGACGGCCUACCACCCGGUGAGUGCCACCGUGUCAGACAGCUUCAGAGACUGCAGCCAUUUUUUCUACAUGGAGACUCCACCUGCAGGGGUCGGAGGGCACAGCCUGAGGAGGAUCUGCCAGGUGUAUGCAGACAAAGCUCGCUAUGCCACAUUGUACGACAGCAGCCGCCGUCUACCCCUCUACUCGGCCUACAUCUUUCAGAAGUCUGACGGGAAGAGGAGGAUGGACACACCCUGGAUGUUUGAGCCUCAGUUGCUCUCUGGUGAUGAAAGUGCACAAAUGAGAGCCCUUCCCCUCACUGACGACUCCCCCCCUCUGAUUGAGGGCAGCCAGGCCGUGCUGGAGGACUACACAGACGCCGUUGGGUACAGACGUGGCCCGCUGAAUCCUGACUUGCACCAAGCAGAGCCAGAUGACAAAUCCUCCACCUACACCCUGACCAAUGUAGUGCCAUUAAUCACAGACUUCCUGGAUACCUCCUGGAAUCCAUACUUGGACACCGUCCGCCAGCGCCUCAAUAACUUCUGCCAAGGCAAAUCUUUCAUGGUGGCAGGGGUGACUGUUUCAGGGGCGACUAUCCAGCGAGAUAACAGGGACCGCCUAGCGAUCCCAAAACACUUGUGGCUGGCGUACUGCUGCCCCUGGUUCGACCGCAACUCCCCAUAUGAGGUGAGGUUUAUGUUCCCCAGUUACGGGGGCUAUGCACUGAAUGGACAGACUGGCCACAGUGUGGUGGAGGUGCCUCUGAAGUCUCUGGAGGACUUCCUGAGGAGCCAGACAGACAUCUUUAGGGACAUGACUAUUUUCUAUAAAGGCUGUGUGUCGGAAAAUCCCUUCAAGCGAACAGAGACAUGGCCUGAGGAAACAGACCUAACUAAGAUAAACUUCAAUUGAGACCUUGUUGCAUAGUUCUGGCGUUGUGUGUUUUGAAACCUAGCUACUAAUUCCACAAACAUCUGUCUGCCUGUAUGUGGAUUUCGUAACUCAACAACCGUUCAACCAUCUCAUCAGCUUCACACUUGGCAUGUGUAUUGUAUUGUAUUAAGUUGCCAGAGAAAGUGCUGUGCCGACUUUAGCGCGACUUGUACACGCAAUGCGUUAACUAUUAAUAAAAUAUGAAUACGGCUGAACU